AUGGCAGAGGGUAAGCCCGCCGAAGCACAAAACGAUCAAUCUUCUCAGUCGCCAGUCGUGGAUGCGACGAAAUUGACGGACGACGAUGCAGUUACGGAGCCCCCUGCAGAGAAGGGGUCCGAGGUGCCCACCAGGUCAAAUGCUGACACCGAACCUCAACCCACGAGCGCUGCGAAACCAGGAGGAGAUGCAGGAGUUGGAACAUCAGCCACGUCACUCCCGGAAUCCAUAGUGGCUGGGGAUGCAAACUCGGGCACUGGGACGCAUUCGCGCAAGAGCACAUUGGAGAAUACCGUACAACCACAACGAUCACGGUCGCGAGACCGAAGCAUAUCACCAGGAAAGAAAUCGCCACGGAAGGCCUCGCCAACAUCAGCCGCACUCCCGCAAUCAUCAGACCUGCCCGUAUUACAGCCCACGCCUGUGUCACUCACCGAGAAGACGAAUACCGCUGACCAGCGAUCUGCUCCCGAGCGUGUCGCUUCACCGCCACCUCCUGGGAACUUGGCGCGGAAAGCCUCCGGAUUUGGCGCGCUUUUUGGCAGGAUGGGAAAUAUCAGGAGGCCGACUCAAUCACCGCCUGCAUCGAGGCCUGAAACCCGAACGGGCGAGCGUCGGAACACCAAUACAUCAGUAUCAUCAGCUGAUGGUGGAAUAGAUGGCGGAGCACGGAGCAAGCGAACGCUGCAAGACCAGUUUUCGAAUCUGCGAAGAGAACAGGAAUCUAGCAUAGACGGUCUAUCUCAGCUGGAAGAGGGAGAUGAGGCGACACCCACGGCAAAGACCAGCACGAAGACCAUACGACCAACUUCGCCCACCAGUCCGCCAGCGCUCAAAUCGCCUCCCAUGGAUCCCACAUUGCCUCCUGGCACUGCUGCAGGUCUAAGUGCUGGUCCGGCCGAGUUGCCGCGAGAGGUCAAUUGGGACUUGUGGCAGCAGGUCGUGUACGAAGGACCAGCUGCGGUUGCAAGGACGAGCGGCGAAGAGCUUAAUCAAGCGAUCGCUUCGGGCAUCCCGCCUGCUAUUCGGGGUGUGGUGUGGCAGGUCCUUGCAGACAGCAAGAGUCCCGAACUGGAAGAUGUCUACCGGAUGUUGAAAGCGCGUGGCACCGAGGCGGAGGUGCGGCCAAGGACUUCGCGAAACGGCUCAACCGCGACCACCAAUGGCACAUCCGCCGAGUCGAUCGUAUCGGAUGCUUCAAGUGUGCAUUCGGACAAUUCGACGCCCGGUAACUCAACCAUUACCAGCACCACAGCGUCCAUCGACACCCACAACUCCGAGUUGCAAAGUAAGCUCUUGGCCGAGAAGCAGAAACGAGAGGCCGCUGCACUACAAAAGCUUGAAAAGGCCAUCAAACGCGACAUGGGAACGAGAACGUCGUACAGCAAGUUUACACAAUCCGCAGGGCUACAGGACGGUCUUUUCGGGGUGUGUAAGGCAUACGCUUUGUUCGACGAAGGUGUAGGCUAUGCACAAGGCAUAAACUUCAUUGCCAUGCCACUCUUGUUCAACAUGAGUGAAGAGGAAGCCUUCACCUUACUUGUCCGAGUCAUGAGCAAGUACGAUCUUCGAAGUCUCUUCAUCGCCGACAUGCCUGGUUUACAUCUGCGACUCUACCAAUUCGAAAGGCUCCUGGAAGAUUACGAACCAGCAGUAUAUUGCCACCUACGCCGCCGUAAUGUCGAGCCGCAGCUCUAUGCCACGCAAUGGUUCCUGACGCUCUUCGCCUACCGCUUUCCUCUUCAAUUAGUGCUUCGUGUAUACGAUUUGAUUCUCAGCGAAGGCCUUGUCGCAAUCCUCAAAUUCGGCAUCGUCUUGAUGCAACAGAAUCGCGCCACUCUUCUCGAGAUGAAGGACAUGGCACAGCUUACGACUUUCCUCAAGGAGAAGAUCUUUGAUGUUUACAUUGACAAAUCGCCCUCUGCCUCCUCCCUCCUAGACUCGGGCUUCUUCGGUUCCGUCACUGGUGGUGCUGACAAGGAGCUAUAUCGUGCAGACGAGAUGGUGGCCGACGCCUGCGAGAUCAAGAUCACAGACGCUACCCUGGCUAAGUACACCCUCGAAUGGGAGGAAAAUCAACGCACCACGCGUCUCCGGGAGACUGAGUUGGAGACCCUAAAAGCCACCAAUUCUACACUGAGCGCGCGUGUGAAGAGCCUGGAAGAACGUGUCCAGCAGAGCGAUGCGGAACAUGUCACGAUGGCCCACGACCUCGUGCGCUUGAAGGUUGAGAAUGAUUCGCUACUGGAUGCCAACGAGGCUUUGAAAUUGAAGACCACCGAGCUCCAGCGGCUCCUUGACGCUCAGCCGGCUGAGCUUGAGGAGAAGCUGAAGUCGGAGAUGGAUCGGAUCAUGACGAGGAACAUUGAGGUGCAAAACGAGAAUCGUCACUUGAAGGAUGAGAUGGACGAAAUGGAGCAUGCAUUGGUUAACGUCAAGAUGCUACACGCGCAGGCUCAGACCGAUCACGAUGCGCUGAAGCAGAAAUGGACAAGCGUCCAGGCCCUUCUAAGCGACAAGUCGUGA